GGCGGCGGGGCAGUGGUUGCUGGGCCACCGAUGGUGUAGGGAAAUUGGGCAUCUGUGGAGGGGCGCUUUCCAGGGGAACCCACACGAGGCGAGGAGCUUGGAUCGCUUUUAGGAGCACUGACUCUGCAGCCCUCCUCCCUACCCAGGGCCCAUGGCGGUGGCAGUGCCCCCUGGGGGUGCGGGGGGCUCCGGCUGGGCCUGGCGGCCGGUGGCGCGGGACGCGCUUCUGGCGCGGGCAUUCUGCUCCUGCUCGGAACUGCGGGGCCGGUUCUACCUGGUGGGGGGCCUCCUGGACGGAGGCGCCAAGGAGCCCAGCAGCGAUACGGUGGCCUUCGAUCCUGCUAGGGGCCAGGCCGUCAGGGUGGAAGCCCAGGGCGGCCUGAGGCGCAGCCACCACGACGCGGCGCCGGUGGGCGGGCGCUGGCUCUGCGUGGUGGGCGGCUGGGACGGGUCGCGGCGGCUGGCAGCAGUGGUCGCCCUGGACACCGAGCGUGGAAUGUGGGAGGCGUGGACCGCGGCCCCUGGCAACUGCCCGCCUGCGGGCCUCAGUAGUCACACCUGCACCCGCCUCUCCGACCGGGAACUUCGGGUGGCUGGCCGGGAGGGUGGCACUCGUACACAGCGCCGCUAUGGAAGCAUCUUCACGCUAAAGCUGGACCUUGGCGCCCGCACCUAUUGCUACAAGGAAGAAGGCUGCCACACAACCUCACGCUCAGGUCACUGUGCUGCCUUGCUCCCAACUGCUGGGGCCCACCCAGGUCACCAGUUAUUGCUCUUUGGGGGCUGCAACUCGGCUGAUGCAGAAGUAGCUGGGCAAUGGAGUUAUGGGAAGAUUACGGAAGACCCACCUGUUGCCCCCCAUUUGAUGGAACAGCUUGCAAGGCUUGUGAGCACCGGACAGGGGUCCUGGCAGGGGCCCCGGGGACUACGACAUCACUCGUGUUCUGUAGUGGGGCCCUUUGCUGUGCUGUUUGGUGGAGAAACUCUGACCAGAGCCAGGGACACCAUCUGCAAUGACCUCUACAUCUAUGAUGCUCGCAAGUCUCCUCCUCUGUGGUUCCACUUCCCCUGUGCCGACCGGGGACUGAAACGCGUGGGUCAUCGGACCUGCCUUUGGAAUGAUCAUCUGUACCUGGUGGGGGGUUUUGGUGAGGAUGGCAAGACAGCGAGUCCACAGGUUUGCGUCUUGGACUUCUUCGUCUAAGGAAUGGCGGCCAGACACCGCCGAAGCCUCGGGUUUGUUGGAAACCCAUAAAGUAUAACCAGAGCUAUUUGUCUCAUUCCAAAUGCUUAUUAAAGUUCACUCUUAGAGUCAA